AUGUUGGUCCUCUCGGGAAUCCCGGAGAGGGCAUCCGAAGAGCAAUUGACGGCUCUCAGCCAGCGUUUAUAUGAUGUGUUCACUACGACUGGCUUCGCAUACCUCACCAAUGUCCCUCUGAGCUUCAAUCACGAGCAGGUAUUCAGCAUGACGCGAGAAUUCUUUGCAUUGCCCCAAGAGGAAAAAAUGAAGCUCGCCAAACGAUCUUUCCGACGCAGCCAUCAGAACACAUAUCGAGGAUAUUUUCCCACCCAGCCCGAAUUGGCCUCCGACAAUCUGAAAGAAGGGUUUGAGAUGGGCCCUGCCGUGCCUAUUCGUACACAAUCCACCACCUCGUCGACAUCAAAGUUCAACCUCGCCGAGCAAAAUGUCUGGCCAGAGGAGAGUCUGCUUCCAGCUCGACCAAAGCUCGAGACUCUUUAUGUCGAGCUUCAGAUUCUUGCGUCGAAGCUCCUCUCACUCCUUGCUGUGUCUCUCGGUAAACCGGCGGACUAUUUCGGAUCGUAUUUGGAGGACUCCUUGAGCACUCUUCGAUUGCUCCACUAUCCUGCAGUGGAAUCGGUCGCUUCAGGUUCAGGUCCUGCAGGAUCAGAUAAUGUCAAGCUGAGCUGUACUCCUCACACCGAUAGUGGAAUUUUGACUUUGCUGCACCAAGAUUCCACCGGAGGCUUGGAAGUACGCAACUCAUCUGGAGAAUGGGUCGCCGCGCCCUAUAUUGCCGAGUCGCUGGUGGUCAAUAUUGGAGAUCUCAUGACCAAGGUAUCAGGUGGAAGAUUUAUUGCCACCAUGCACCGUGUGCGUGCACCCCCGAUGAGUACCUCUGCGUCUGCUGUUACUGGCCAACAGAAUGGUGAAAGCCAGGCGCUAGGCAGGAUCAGUGUCCCGUUCUUCUUUGAGCCGGGAGAGAACUGUCUUGUUCGUUCUGUCGACGGUGAUGAGGGGUUUGUCUUAUACGGUGAGCAUGUGCGAGCGAAAAUGAAGACCUGGGUGGAGUUCCAGGACGAUGAAGACAAUUGA